AUGCUAACCAGCAUCAAAAACCAAGAAAUCCUUGUUGAAUUGAAGAACGGCGAGACAGUGUACGGAAAAUUGACCAACUGUGACUCGUGGAUGAAUUUGACCUUGAGUGAUGUCGUCUUCAACUACAACAACGGAGACAAGUUCACCAAAAUGCAAGAAACCUAUAUCCGUGGUAUCCACAUAAAAUCGCUUCGGUUGCCUGAUCUGGUAUGUGUUAUAUUCUAUUCGUCCAAAUUUAAGUAUGUAUACUAA